GAAGAAUCUCCGUGAGGAAAGUCUGGAAGCAAAAGUAGCUCGUAGUCGCUUCUUGCUGCAGCAUGAACGUCGCCCAUCUGAGCAUUCAAGUUCGAUCACCAAUAUAAAAUGGCCACCUUUUUCCUAUGUGAGAGACUCAAGCGGGAUAGAAGCAUGGCCUCCAACAGCAGCCAUCAAGGAACUCAACCUGGUAGUAGUAGCAGUCCUGAAAGCACAUGCAUACUUGUUGGCAUAUCCUCGAAUGCUGAAACUGCUAUGGAGCUUCUCUCCUGGACAAUUGAGGUUGCUGCUUGCCCAGGCGACACCAUAGUUGCCUUACAUGUCCUUGAAGUGAAGGACGAGCAAGCACAACAGUAUGGCACAGUUGAAAAGAUGAAGAUGAUGCGCCGAGCAAAAGCUUUUGCUAUGACCAUAGUAGGAGAAUUCACAGGCAUCUAUCAACCUAAGCAGAGAAGUUUCUGUCAAAUCUUACAGGUUAAGGUACAGGCAAAGGUCAGGUGCAGUUCUGCUAUAGAGAAAGGUCUUGUUGAUGAAGCAACAUCCACACAAGCGGGUUUUCUCAUUUUGGGUCGCUCAAAAAAAGUGAGGCAAUCACUCGCAAUUUCGACACACUGCUAUCUCCAUGCCCCAGUUGACUGCUCUGUGGUUGCUGUUCUGAGCAGACUGGAGUUGCCAGGCAGCGCACCUAAAGCCUCUUCUACUUUGGACGUUCUUCCCGGCUCAGCUUACUUCGAAGCUCCAAAGUUGCAGAAGAUGAGCUCGAAACAGCCGAAAAGGGAUUUUGACACGGUGGGUCAAUCUUCAGAUAAUUCGUUUCAUGGCAGUAUACUGAACAGAAAUAGGAUGGAUUACAAAAACUCCGAUCAACACAACCGUAGAUCAUCUGCUCAAAGCAUCACAGCAGAAGAGCCUCAGGACGGGCCGUUUGGUGAUGAAACUUUCUACAAAAGAGAUGCUCAUUUUUCUGCUGAAAACUUCGUUACCUUGGGAUCUCUUCUAGCUAGUGAACCUGAAGAGCUCAAAGGUCCAGCAGAUCAAGAAAGCCAGUCGAGCAGAUGGGAAUACAGCUCAUCAAGCCAAUUUUUGUCCCCAUCGAUCUUUGGCGCACUCGAGAAAGAUGGAAACUUUUCCGAGCAAUUGGCUGAAUCUGAACGGGAUGGUCUGAAACCAACAUGGAGGUGUUUCAGCUAUGGUGAGAUAUUUCAGGCUACAAAUAAUUUUCAUCCAGGCAAUCUCGUAGGUGGAGGAGAACGUGCAGAAGUCUACAAAGGCCAAAUCCAUGACGGCCAAAUGGUAGCAGUGAAAAAAUUAGCAAACCAAAAUGCAGAUGAUCAGAAACAGAAAGAAUUCCUCAUAGAAUUAGGCAUCAUGGGGCAUGUCCGUCAUCCCAACAUAACGUGUCUGAUUGGCUUCUGCAUCGAAGGAGGACUGUAUCUGAUUUUUGACUUCUCGCCUAAUGGAAGCUUAGAAGCAGCAUUGCAUGGUAAAAGCAAUCGUCCACUAGAGUGGUCAGCCAGAUACAGGAUUGCCCUCGGAGUCGCAAGGGGUUUGCACUAUCUUCAUAGGUGUUGCAAGAAACGGAUCAUCCACCGAGACAUUAAGGCAUCCAACAUCCUUCUUGGACGAGAUUUUGAGCCGCAGGUUUCAGAUUUUGGAUUGGCAAUGUGGCUUCCGGAGCAAUGGAGCCAUCACUCUGUGAUUCCAUUAGAAGGCACCUACGGGUGUCUGGCUCCGGAAUACUUCACAAACGGAAUUGUUGAUGAAAAAACAGAUGUUUUUUCUUAUGGCAUUCUCCUCCUAGAGAUCAUUACUGGUAGGAAGCCAGUAGAUCCAUCCAAACAUAACCUUCUCUUCUGGGUAAAGCCGCUUAUGGAAUUACAUAAUUAUGCGGCUCUUGCAGACCCCAAACUUGGCAGCAGGUACGAUAUUAACCAGAUGCAUAGAUUAGUUCUUGCAGCAUCCUUCUGUGUAAGGGAAUCCGCAACAGAGCGCCCAUCAAUAUGUGAGGUGAUUCAGAUUAUUACUGGUGUACCUGCCUCAAGGGAUGGAAAGAACUGGAAAGUGUCAGAAUCUGAUGAUGAUUGUUACGAUGAUGAAACGAAUGGAUACGUCACGGAUAUAGAAUGCCAGUUUCUACGUACACCAUAUUCUAAGAUUCGAGGCUAUAGUUAACAGUUAAUUUGGCCAGGGGCCCAGGGCAACGGAUGGAGAUCUUAGCUACCUGCUCCGCAGCGGCUCAAAAGACUUCUAUAAUUGGGGCAAUACCAAUCCACGGUUUUCUCUAAGGUUGGGGUUAGGCAGAUACUACCAUAUUAUGAGAACAACGCCGGACAGAGAAUACUCAUUUCUAGCGCUUCUUCAACUUGAGAAUUUGGUCCAAUUCCAUAGCUAGAUGGGUGGAGCUCUUUUUAGGAAAUCCAUGGCUAUAAACUGCAAUUUCUUGUAAAUUUUAAUCUACUAUCUGCAGAACCUCUGUUAGUAGCAGGAUAUGUUGCUAGAGCUAUAGCAUGUUAAUGAUUAGAAGAUUUUCUGGUUUA